AAAGAACGCUGCAGUCCUCAAGACAACAUGCGGCGCAAUGACCCCCUGGACGCAAGAACUCGAUCAAGUGUGGUUGAAUGAGAUGAUACACCAAGCCAACGUGCUCGGAAAGCGAUCGAACUCUGGCUUUAAGAAAGAAGCGUGGGGAGAGGCGUUGAAGAAACUCAACUUGAAGCCGGGCUGCUCAUUCACGAUGGCGCAACUGAAGUCUCACAACGCCACCUUGCGCGAACAGUACUCCAUCAUCUCGACCAUGGCGGAGGCAUCUGGGAUGGGCUGGGAGUCAGAUCGUUGCUUAGUAGUUUGCCUCGACACAACAUGGGAUGCGUACUUGUCCACGAAGCCCAAGAAGUACCAGCAAUGGAAGAACAAGCCGUUCCCGCUCUUCCAUCUGUGCGAAAGCCUCUACAAAGGGACCCUAGCGACGGGAAAAGGCUCAAGAGUUGCUGGAAGCCUUCAGAAGCGCACAUCAUCCACGGUGUCAGAGGAUGGUCAUUCCGACACGAACGCAGACAUGUUGCCGGUCGUCGAUUUUGGGCAGCAUGUACCCCGACCCUACUUCGACCUGGACUACAGUGACAACGACGAGGUUGUGACGACGAAUGAUGGGUUGCCUUCCCCUCUUGCUCAUGAGCAGUCGUCAAGUCGGCGCGCACCUCCAUCCCCACGUUCGCCGCCGCCCAAGCGCCAUCGUGGAUCCUUGGGAGGCGAUAUGCUCGCCGAGAUGAAGAAGCAGAAAGAAGAGACGGCGACGCAGUUCGACUUGCUUUGCGGUUUAUUGCAAUCGUCGCCCAAGACCGCUUCCAAGGAACUCACGCGCACGGAGCAAGCCGUCGGGAUUCUGCAAAGCGAAUUUGCGUCGAUGCCCAUGCAGCGACUUGUUGCCGCAUGUGACGUGUUUGAAAUCGAAUCAAACGCGUCAGUGUUUCUCCAGCUCAAGGGCGAUUUACGCAUUGCAUGGCUCGAACACAAACUAGGAACGGAGUAGACUUGAAUACGUUACCGUCGUGCAUGACGACGGUUGCAAUGAACUUGGUACUGCUCCCA